UUUUGACUUUUCUAAAUUUUUAAAAAGUUGUCGGUAUAUUGUUAUACACACUUCUUUCUUCCUUCUAAUUUUAUUCGUGGAUUAGAGAUCACUCAAUCCAAAAAAAAAAAAACACAUUCCUCUCUCUCUCUCUCCGAUCAAAAAUUGUUAACAUUUCUAAGAAAUUCAAAUUCUCUGUUUCAAUCGCGAUUCAAAUUUCAAAUGGGGAAACCAACGGGGAAGAAGAAGAAUAACUCCGAGAUCCCGGCGACGGAUUCUUCCACCAGCGGCGGAGGUAAAACCAGAAAAAGCUUCGAUCGAUCAACCACCAAAUCAUUCGACAACGAUAUGACAAUCUUCAUAAAUCGAGCAUUAGAACUCAAAGAAGAAGGCAACAAAUUAUUCCAGAAACGUGAUAACGAAGGAGCAAUGUUUAGGUAUGAUAAAGCCGUUAAGCUAUUACCUAGAGAUCAUGGAGAUGUAGCUUAUUUGAGAACAAGUAUGGCUUCUUGUUAUAUGCAAAUGGGAUUAGGAGAGUAUCCAAAUGCGAUUAACGAAUGUAAUUUGGCUUUAGAGGCUUCUCCUAGGUUUAGUAAAGCUUUGUUGAAACGAGCUCGUUGUUAUGAGGCUUUGAAUAAAUUGGAUUUCGCCUUUCGGGAUUCGCGCGUUGUUUUGAAUAUGGAGCCUGAGAAUGUUUCUGCUAAUGAGAUUUUUGAGAGGGUGAAGAAGGUUUUGGUUGGUAAAGGGAUUGAUGUUGAGGAGAUGGAGAAGAAUUUGGUUAAUGUUCAGCCUGUUGGUGCGGCGAGGUUGAGAAAGAUUGUUAAGGAGAGGUUGAGGAAGAAGAAGAAGAAGACCAUGACGAUGAAUGGUGGAAAUGAUGGUGAAAGGAAUAGUGUUGAAGCUGUUGUUGAGGAUGCGAAAGUUGAGAAUGGAGAGGAAGCGGAUAGCGGGAAGUCGAAAGAGAAAAGGAAGGUAGAGGAUAAGGUUGUGGUUGAGGAAAAGAAAGUGAGUCCUGUCAUGGAUAAAGAGGUCAUUGCUUCAGAGAUUGUUGAGAGCGCUAAGGAAGACGCAACAGUGACUAGGACAGUGAAGUUGGUUCAUGGAGAUGAUAUAAGGUGGGCACAAUUGCCGUUGGAUUCUAGUGUUAGACUUGUAAGAGACGUUAUCAGGGAUCGGUUUCCUGCUCUGAAGGGUUUCCUGAUCAAAUAUAGGGACUCAGAGGGUGAUUUGGUUACCAUUACUACGACAGAUGAGUUGAGGCUGGCUGCAUCUACUAGGGAGAAACUUGGCUCCUUUAGAUUGUAUAUAGCUGAAGUUAGCCCCAAUCAAGAACCAACUUAUGAUGUCAUCGCAAAUGAUGAAUCAACUGAUAAGUUUGCCAAGGGAUCGAGUAGUGUUGCUGAUAAUGGAAGUGUCGGAGACUAUGUGGAAUCUGAGAAAGCAUCUACCACCCUUGAGCACUGGAUUUUCCAGUUUGCGCAACUGUUUAAGAACCAUGUCGGGUUUGAUUCUGAUUCUUACUUGGAACUUCAUAACCUUGGGAUGAAACUGUAUACAGAAGCAAUGGAAGAUAUUGUCACUGGCGAAGAUGCGCAACAACUCUUUGAUAUUGCUGCUGAUAAGUUUCAAGAAAUGGCUGCGCUUGCAAUGUUUAACUGGGGGAAUGUUCAUAUGUCCAAGGCAAGAAGGCAGAUCUAUUUUCCCGAGGAUGGUUCAAGAGAAACUAUACUAGAGAAAGUUGAGGCCGGAUUUGAGUGGGCAAAGAAUGAGUACAACAAAGCUGCAGAAAAAUACGAAGGCGCGAUUAAAAUUAAAUCUGAUUUCUAUGAAGCUCUUCUAGCACUCGGGCAACAACAGUUUGAACAGGCUAAGCUUUGCUGGUAUCAUGCAUUGAGUGGCGAGAUAGAUAUAGAAACCGAUGUUUCCCAGGAUGUUCUAAAGCUCUAUAACAAAGCUGAGGAGAGCAUGGAAAAGGGCAUGCAAAUAUGGGAAGAGAUGGAAGAACGCCGUCUGAAUGGAAUCUCCAAUUUCGAUAAACAUAAAGAACUGCUACAGAAGUUAGGCUUGGAUGGAGUCUUUAGUGAAGCGUCUGAUGAAGAAAGCGCAGAACAAACAGCUAAUAUGAGUUCCCAGAUCAAUCUUUUGUGGGGUUCCUUACUGUAUGAACGGUCCAUCGUGGAGUAUAAGCUUGGCCUACCAACCUGGGAUGAAUGUUUGGAGGUUGCAGUGGAGAAAUUUGAACUAGCUGGAGCUUCUGCAACCGAUAUAGCUGUCAUGGUAAAGAACCAUUGCUCAAGUGACAAUGCACUUGAAGGUAUGGGAUUCAAGAUCGAUGAGAUAGUACAGGCAUGGAAUGAAAUGUAUGAUGCCAAAAGAUGGCAGAUCGGUGUCCCAUCGUUCCGGCUAGAACCUUUGUUCCGGAGACGGUCACCAAAACUUCAUGAUAUUUUAGAAAAUGUGUUUUCAGGGCCUCAGUGACGAAACAGUCUUUAUAUCAGCUGGCAUCAGUUUUCAGUUUUGAUAAGGUAUUGUAUUCUGUGGGAGUUAUACGCUAUUUGUCUUCGAAUUUUGGUUUUGUUUUUCAGCUUAUGGAAGCAUUGAAGUAAUAUGUUUUAAUAUCUCUUGCCGGGUAUGGCCGUGAAGAAGAUGGGAGUGAUCAUUUUUUUGAGUUAAAAAAAAUUUGUUAAUUCAUUAUUUCAAUUCUUUGGGGUUGUAAUUUAUAUCAUAGUUUUGUAAUUUUUUUUUAUUCAUAAUGAUGAAUUGAUUGUUUGGAUUAGUUGUGUAUCUAUGAAUUGGUUUAUUAAUAAGAUGGUGAAUGGUUUUGGUUUGUGGUACUCAAA